CCUGGAGAUCAAACUUUUAGCUGUCCAAUAUUCAAUUUUCCUCAUUUAUUUCCCUUUUAAUUUAUACGAUAUAUGAUAUGUUUAGAUGAGAAUUUAACACUUUUAAAGAGGAUUUAGAAGCUCUCUUCUUCUUCUCUCUCCUGAUACUGGGAGGAUUUGCAGUUCUUGGUGAAUCUAGAGGAAUUAAAAAUCUACAAAACCUAGGACAGUUUUGUUAUUUUCCUGGAUUGCGUGAAUCAUUUCAUCAUCUUCUACUUGUCCGGAAGAGAAAGUAGCCAUCAUUGAAGCAUUUAGAAUGCCGGAGAAAGGAGCGAUUCUAUCUCCGGUUCAGAGCCAGUUACUGACACUACGGCCGAGUCCUCUGCUUCGAUGGCGUCUCGGUGCUUUCACGACACUCGUCUUCUUCCUCAUGUUAGUCGUCUGGAGCAUCGACGGUUGCUCCAUCCAAACCUUCGUGCAGCCGUGGAGACUCAACGCCUACUCCCUCCGAGUAACUACUACCUCUCCCUCUCCUUCCCCUUCGCCGUCACUAAAACCUCAUCUUCUAGAUUCCGACAAACCCCACCGACAGAAUCUCACGACGGUUAAUCCGAACGUGAAGAAGACGAAUCUCACUACGAACUCGACACGUGUCCAACUCCGGUGGAUAACCGCCGAGCCGGAGAAGAAUUUCACGGCGAAUCUCAUGAGAAACUGGCUGGCUCCGGGAGGAGAACCUUGCAGGGAGGCGAAGACCGUCGAGAUCUCCCUCCCCGGCGUCGACGGUGUUGAUUCGUUAGAGCUAACCGCCGGGGAGAUCCACGUGUUCACGUUCCAAGCGUUAGACGAAUCCAAAGCCCCAGUCUGCGUCGGCGGGGACUACUUCGAGACCGACUUAUCCGGGGAGAACUGGAAAUCGAGACCGCCGGUGAAAGACUUCGGCAACGGAACGUACUCGAUGUCGCUGCAGGUUCAUCCCGAGUUCGCCGGAGAGUUCAACCUCACCGUGAUUCUACUCUUCCGUCAUUACGAGGGACUCAAGUUCAGCACAUCGCGUCUAGGCUUCGACCGGAAGCUCCGCGACAACGUCCGGUUACGUUUCGUCAAGAAGCAUGACGUUUCUCUCCCAGAGCUCCGGUCGUGUAAGAGAUCCGACUUUACGAGGGACGCGUGGUCAGGGAGAUGGAUAAGGCUGGGGAAGAACGAUAGCUGCCAGAUCAGCAACGACGGGCGUUACCGCUGUCUCCCCGCGGGUUUCCCCUGUCGGAAACCGUGGUGCGAGGGGGCGGUUGGAGGUAUAGAGAGCAAUGGGUGGGUUUAUUCCACCCAUUGCUCUUUCAAGCUGUUCUCGGGAGAGACGGCUUGGGGUUGCUUGAAGAACAAGUGGCUCUUCUUCUGGGGGGAUUCGAAUCAUGUUGAUUCGAUUAGAAACAUGCUGAACUUUGUCUUGGGUCAUCCGGAGAUCCCCGCUGUGCCGAGGAGGUUCGACAUGAAGUUCUCCAACCCGAAGAACUCGUCGGAGACGGUGAGGAUCACGAGUAUCUUCAACGGUCACUGGAACGAGACGCAGAACUACCAAGGCCUAGACUCGCUCAGAGACAAAGACUUUAGAGAGCUGCUCAAGAAGUACUUCUCGGAGAAAGACCGUGUUCCGGACGCUAUGUUUGUGAACUCUGGUCUGCACGAUGGGAUUCACUGGCAUAGUAUCAGAGCCUUUGAGAAAGGUGCCGAGACGGCGGCUGCGUUCUGGAGAGACGUUUUCGACGGGGUCAAAGCCAGGGGACUGAAGCCGCCUGAAGUGAUUUUCAGGAACACGAUCGCGACGGGUGGUUACGCUAGGUUGCUAGCGUUUAAUCCGAGCAAAAUGGAGGCGUUUAACGGUGUGUUUCUUGAGAAGAUGAGGGAUGCGGGGUUGGUCACGAGCGUGGUUGAUAACUUUGAUAUGACGUAUCCGUGGCAUUAUGAUAAUCGGUGUAACGAUGGAGUUCAUUACGGGAGAACUCCUGCGAAAAUGCGGUGGAGGGAUGGUGAGAUUGGGCAUCAGUACUUUGUGGAUGUGAUGCUUGUUCACGUGUUGCUGAAUGCAUUGUGUGUGAGCUAAUAGUGGUGAUCGAUGUUUGGCUUUAGGAGUCACGGAUUCUUUAUUUAUGUGUAAACUUUUUCAUAUUAAUUUUUUUGGAGUAUAGAUCAAUUAUUAUUUGGAAUAACUCAACUGAAGCUUGAGUUUCUAUUCUUGUAAUGUAUAAAUGGCGAGAGUGUGGAACAACAAAUGUUUGGUAAAUCAUUUUCCUGAUUUUAUUAGUGGAACAAGUCUUCAACAUUGUCCAACUUUAAACUGACUUUUUAAGUUGGAA